UCCACAGCUCGGCACCCGGCUUCUCCGGGGAAACUCUGCUCUGGCGGCUGAGAUGAGCUUGCUUUGGACUUGACUCUGCCCAGAUACCCUCCCCCUCAUCUCCCUGCCCUAUACUCCUAGUCCUCUGGGGAAGGAAAACUCAGACUUCCCCGGCCCUCUCCUUGGGGCGCCUCCCCUCCCCAGGUCGCGUUGGGGAUCCGAACUCACCGGCCAUUUUAGUAUUGCACUAAUGGACAUUUGAAAGUACUUUUUACCAAACAUCUACAAAAAUGGAAACAUCAUCUCUGCUUUCAUCACUGAACGAUGAAUGCAAAUCAGACAACUACAUUGAACCUCAUUAUAAGGAAUGGUAUCGGGUAGCUGUUGAUACUUUAAUACAGAAUGGAUUAGAAGCAUACCAAGAAUUUCUUGCCAAAGAGCGAUGUUCAGAGUUUCUGGCUGAGGAGGAAAUUGACUAUAUAUUGAAAAAUGUUCAGAAGUUUGCACAAAGCACAGCCCAUGGCUCUGACAAUUCUUGUGAUGACACCUCUUCUUCAGGAACAUACUGGCCCAUAGAGUCUGAUGUGGAAGCGCCAAAUUUGGAUUUGGGAUGGCCCUAUGUGAUGCCUGGACUACUGGGAGGUACCCAUAUAGAUCUGCUUUUCCACCCACCACGAGCACAUUUUCUUACCAUAAAGGAAACCAUUCGCAAGAUGAUCAAAGAAGCAAGAAAGAAGUCUAGUUUUCAUGAUAAGGUAUGAAGACAUCUUGGUGUAGUGAAAAUAAUGCCAUCCGG